GUUGCUUCUGUGGCGUAGUUUUACUUUGUCAGGUUGAAUUUUUAAUGGCAUAGAUCAAUGGUCAUGAAGUUAAAGUUUGACGAUGGAUCAUGAGAAAACGCGAAUAUUAAAGUGCCGACGAUAAUCGACGAAAGAGUGUGUAGAUUACGUUAGUGCGAAGCGAAAGUUUCCUUUUGAAGCGGGGGUGGUUUCCUGCCAUUUUGGUUCAUACGUCCGAACGAUGGAACGGCGAAGAAUGCCAAGAAGGAGAGGGCUCUCCUCUGGAGAAGUUCGAACCGAAUUAUCAACGGCCGCGUCCACACAACAAUCGGAAGUAAUAGUGAGGCUAUUGCCUAUCAACGGCAAUACCGUGAUCACUGGAUGCAAAGACCGCCCACAAAUUUGUGGGAAAGAGGCGGCUUGUCGUAGCUUCAAGGACAACACGUCGAAAUGCGUUUGCCCUCACGAUCUGUCAGCACCGACGACAGACCUAAAAUGCCCAAAUCGUCUAAUAGGUAGAGCGGGCGAGACAACGAGUACCUGAAAUAAUAGGAAUCGCCAUAGCUUUCGUCACGGUAUUAGCAAUAUUGUUGAGUAUAGUCUACUGCGUGAAGAAACGGAGUUACAACGUGAAGUCACAAAGGAAUUCCCUGGAUGUGGUGAAGUUAAUUUUCCAAGGAAUAAUGCUUAUACCCCCGGAAGGAUGCCCGCCAUUCGUCUGCCAGUUGAUGCGAGAUUGCUGGAAAACAGAUCCCAAGGACAGAAUCAAAUUCUCAGAGAUAUUGGAAAGACUGGAGAAAGCUAAAGGCAAAACCGUUCAACAGGACACGUUGCCAAGACCACCUCAGGGACCAGUCACCAUUCGUACGCCAGAUCUACUGGAUCCUGAUGGUUAUUUAUUGCCAGCGCCGACUAAACCGCACGAAUAUUUGCAAACUUUGCCAGCAUUGUCCGAUGAUUGACAAUGAAAUUCAAUAAAAUCGGGUACUUCGAGUAGACGGUAAUUUAUGAAUUUGAAUCGAGGAAAAGAAAACUGUAAGAAAAAAAAAGUAGCUUCUAAAGCUCGUAUGUAUUAUAAUACUCUCGCUGUUGUGUUAACGUCUUCCUUUCGAUAUUUCGUCGUUCCAUAGCGUCCAGAUUGAAAGACUGAUGUGUAGACCGAUUUUGAGAACUACCAGUAGAUGUAUCUCUCUCUCUCUCUAUAUGUAUGUAUACAUAGACAGAUCUUGACAGAUGUCUGAUUUUGAUUAAAAAUUACCAUCUACUUAGCGUUGUUAUAAUUUUUCGUACUUUUUCUAUCUACAUACGUAUAUAUAUAUAUAUA